AUGCUAGAGGAUGCAAAAUCGAAAGGCGAUGACCUCGCAGAAGUCGUGCAUUCUCUUAAUUUAGAAAAUAAUGCAAUAGUGCUUCUGCUAUCAGAUUCUCUGAACAGCGAAAACGCAGAAAACUUAUUCAAACCUGAAAAGUUUAAGGUGGAAGUUUCUCUUGAACAAAAUGCUUAUAGGAAUGCACGUGCAUAUUAUAAUAAAAAGAAAAAUGCACAGAAAAAAUAUGAAAAAACGAUGAAUACUAGUGAAAAGGCUUUUAAGUCCGUUGAAAAAGCCACGAAAAGAGAACUUAAAGAAGUCGAGAAGCACGUAACUAUACGAAAGCAAAGAAAAGUUUUUUGGUUUGAAAAGUUCUUAUGGUUCAUUACUUCCGAGAAUUAUUUAGUGAUUGCAGGAAAUAAUGCACAGCAAAAUGAAAUCAUCGUUAAGAAAUACAUGAAAAAGGGCGAUAUAUACGUCCAUGCUGAUAUUCACGGUGCGGCCACAUGCAUUAUUAAAAAUAACAGUUCGCAUAUGGAAAUCCCCGCCAAGUCUAUUAAUGAGGCUGGCACGUUUUCUAUUUGUCAUAGUUCCGCUUGGGAGGCCAAAAUUGUUAUCGGCGCUUACUAUGUAAAACCGGAACAAGUUUCUAAAACGGCUCCAACAGGGGAAUAUUUGCCCACCGGAAGUUUUAUGAUUAGAGGAAGAAAAAACUUUCUUCCACCCUCUCAACUUAUUAUGGGCUUUGGCUUUCUUUUUAGGCUCGAUGAAACUUCUGUAGCAAACCACGCGAAUGAAAGAAAAUCUCUUCAAUAUACCGAUAACGAUGACUCUAAAGAAUAUGCUUUUACCAUAAAAGAUUACGAAGAACGAAGUCAUAGAAAACAAAAAAAUACUAAUGAAAAAAAUAACCAAUCGGACGCCAAAGAGUUGGAAUGCGACACUUUUUUGAGCAGCUCGGAAAGCCACGAGGAAGACGACACUAUUUUUCCAGACACAAAAGUCGUAACGGUUGGCUUUGGCCUGUACGGCCCACCUGAUUCUGUCGCUAAAAGUGAUGAAGUUGUUUCGAAUGCGAAUGAAAACGUUCGAGCGAAGCGUUAUAUGUCUGCUAAAGAAAGGAAGGACUUAAGAAAAAGUUCUUGCAAAUCUCAAAAUAGAGAAAAUAAUAUAAAUACUAAUAAUAAUGAAAAUAAUAAUAAGCUCGAAGUAGUUCGGCCAUAUGUUAGAGGGAAAAACAAAAAACUCAAGAAAAUUAAAGAAAAGUACCGCGAUCAAGACGAGGAAGAUAAAAGACGAGCAUUGGCCGCCUUAAAGCCGGAUGGAGCCAGAAAAAUAAAGAAAAAAUCUGCCAAUAAAAAAGCUGGACAGAAAAAUAGUGAUAAAAUUUCAGCGCUGGAAAGACAAUCAGAAGCGGGAAAAAGGACUUUUUUAAAGCUCGUAGGAGAAACCACUAGCAACCUACCAGCUACUGAAAUGCUCCCAGAAAUACAGAAAACUCGCGAAGAAAUAUUACAAACGCGUCAAGAAAGAAAGCAGAAACAGAAAAAAGAUGAAGAAGAACUUGAAAUAUUAAAAAAGGAAGAAAAUAUAGUUGACGAGGAAGAAAAGGCAAAUCUAGACGCGUUAGACCAGCUCACUGGAAUCCCCCGCACCAAUGAUGUUCUUUUAUUUGCUCUUCCCUUCUGCGCUCCGUAUUCCGUUAUGCUGAAUUUCAAAUAUAAAGUCAAAUUAACGCCCGGAAAUUCUCGUAAAGGCGCUGCUGCUAAACUUGCGAAGGAACUUUUUUUGAAAAAUUCAGAUUCUGCUGUUGAAAAAGAUUUCAUUAAAGCAGUAACUGAUAACGAAUUGGUUCAACAGAUCCCUGGAAAAGUUAAAGUUUCUGCAGCGCAAAUUAGUAAUCCGUCUUUGAAAAAGCAAUUAAAGCAAAAUAAGAAAGUUGAAAUUUUAUUAUAA